CCAAACAUGAUAACAGAAGCAGCUGAAAAGUGAGGACUAGGCUUUCAAACUGAACCCAAAUCCAUUCGCAGCUUCUUUGCUCUGCUUCCUUGAAAUUUAGCGUGACCAAAAAUCCAGAUGCAGAUAGAGCCAUGACCGAGACUGAACAGAAGAGCAACAUCAACAUGGAGUCCACAACGACGCCGGAAGCUAGCGUUAGCUUGGAAGGAUACAAGGAAAGCAACAUAAAGAAAGCAAGGUUACAGUCGACGCUGGCCGCCCUCUUGGACGAUCCCAUCCUUUCCGACGUCCCCCAAAAACCGACCUUAUCUGAUGUCGACACUCUCCUCAGCCUCGAAUUCGGCAGCGCCAUGCGCAUCAGUGUCGUCAAGCUUGACGCCACCUCUUUCGAUGUAGCGCUCAUGAACUCUGCUACGGUCAAGGAUCUCAAGCUUGCGAUAAAAAAGAAAGUCAACGAAAUGGAGCAGUCCAAGAUGGGUCACCGCCACAUUUCAUGGAAGCAUGUGUGGGGGAAUUUUUGCCUGUCAUACCACAAUGAGAAGUUGCUGGAUGACAAUGCCGCAGUUGAGGAGUACGGCAUUCGCAACAAUUCUCAGGUGCAUUUUGUUCCUUGUGUGGCGUCCAAGGGUUCUCGGAGGCAUUCAAAGAGGAGGAGACAUCGCUUCUUUCAUGGUCUUAGCAAGCGAAUGUGAUGUUGAGGUUAUUGCAUCUCUAUUUGCUGUGCUUAUUAUCCUUAUGGAUCUUUUUAAUCUUGGAAUGUAAUCUCAGUAGGCCAUUGCUGCUAUUAUAACAAAUCUUGUGAGCUAUAUCAAUGGUAAUCCUUCCAUUGCCUACGUCCUCAAUGCAAUUCCUAUGA